AUGAGUGGAUCAGUUAGAUCAAAUAUAUUUAUACAACAACAACAACAACAACAACAACCUCCACCACCACCCAAUAGAGGUAAUAGACAACAACCUCAACCUCAAGCACCUACAUCAAAAGCACCAUCACUUCAAUCAAUAAACAAUCAAAACUAUAAUAACAAUGUAAACAACAAUCAUAAUUAUAAUCAACAACAACAACAACAACAACAGAAUUAUAACUAUAAUCAAAGUUAUAAUCAGAAUAAUAAUCAAUAUGUAUCAUCACCUCCUCAAUCAUCAUCACCAUAUUAUCAAGACAAUAGUAGUAGUGGUAGUUACAAUGAUAAUAAUUAUGUUGUAUCAUUAGAAAAACAAUAUCAUCAAUUAUCUAUUGAUGGUGCAAAUGAACCAACUACUGUACCUGUAUCUUUACAUAAACCAUCCUAUACAAGUAAUACUACUGCUACAACUACAACUAUUCCAUAUCAACAACAUCAACAAAAAAAAGAUAAUAAUAAUAUAAUAUUGAACAAGAUAAAUGAUCAAUCACAUUCAAGAAUUGCAUUGGCAUCAAUUGGAGUAUCAGCGGUUGGAGGAGCAAAUGUAUUGGCACAUUUACCUGAAACACUAUUAUGUGAUCGUAACUACAUCUCAACGAUUCAAUACACUGAAGUGAUAUUAGAGAUUAGAGAAGCAUCGAUCAAACCAUUACAAUAUGGUGAAAAGUUUAAACCAAUCUUUGAAAAGACUCCAUUGGUCAUUUACAAGACCAUUGUAGAGGAUGUAGUGAUUAUCCAAAUUGGCAAUAUUGACAAGGACAGUACACCACAAGAAGAUUUGGAUAAAUUGGAAGUACUACUCAUGUACUAUACAACUUAUUACCGUCUACCUAUUAAAAAGACGUAUACCGAUGACACGGCUAAAAAGAUGGAAUCGGCAUCUGGUGGUUUGGAAAAGGGUAGUUUGGUUGUUAGCAAAGGACUGGUUUCUGGAGGUCAGUACUUUGCAAAGGGAGCAUCCAAGAUUGGUGACUUGUACAAAAACAACUCUAAAAAAUAUGAAGGUCCGGAAAUGACAGAAGAGCAACGUCGUGCUUUGGAAGACCCCAACCAUGAAAGCAACAAGAGUGUUAGGGACGCGGAAAAGUUUGCCAGUGGAACGAGCUCGGUUAAAAAGGGAAUUGUGGGAGCAUUUGGAUUCGCGGGGUCCAAGAUAUCGCAAGGUGUCCGAAGCACAGACUGGUACAAAGAACGCGAGGAAAAGAAGAAACAAGAGGAAUCAGAGGACAAGGGAAAGAGCGAAAAGAAGUCGGCGGCCGGUGGAGUAGGGUCGGCAGGAUUAUCAGCAUUUAAAAACGUUUGGGGUGGAUUAGAGGAAGGUGUAUUAAUCUCGGCACGUGGUGUACGUGAUGCUAGUGUCGAUGCCAAACGUCAUACCAACGGAGACUAUGAAGCUGAAAUAUCAAAGAGAAAAUGGAAUUCUGCUGGUAACCUAACAGUCAGUGUUGUCAAUGUAGUGUCGAUCGUCUCUACUACUUGGAUCAAAGGUGCAUUGUAUGCAGCUGCCGGCGCCAUCUCUUAUGACCCCGAUGUGGUGCAACAUCUUAGUGGAGCGUGGUGGCGAGCUGGUUGGUUAGCCUAUCGCUCCGAUCUACUCAGUGGUGUUGGAUGGACACCUCGUUGGGUCGUCCUCAGAAACUCAACCAUUGCCAUCUACUCCUCACCACGUGAUCCACCUGGCAAACCGCUCAUGCACAGUUACUUGACCAAAGUAAAAGGAAUCAAGAAAUUAAAACCAGAUCGUAUUCAACGUGAUCAUGGAUUUGAAGUAGUAACCACCUCAAAAUCACUCUAUUUCUCCACCUAUACUCCCGAAGUUGAUUACUCUCAUGAACCAAAAUACCAACAAAUAGAUUAUGCUCAAGAACUAUCCUAUUGGGUCGACAGUUUAUUAAAUGUUCAAACUUUUGUUGGUACUUUAUUAGAUGAUGAAUCUAAAUAA